CCACUCGAAUGUGGGAAUCAGGACAGGAAUCAUCAGAUGUCCAGACCAAUCCACCUGGCACCAACAUCCUACCAUCUCCAACUCUUGCGUGUCUCUAUCCUCAACGACCACCACCGUAACUCAACAACGCCAACCCCUUCACAAAUGUCACUCGCUUAAUCCUGUUGGGCUUCUCUCGUUGUCGGUUUCAACUUGCAUGCACUGUGCACCGCAAGCAUAAUCACUUGCUCGUGGCUUGCCGCUGCCUCGACUCUGACGUCUGCGCUCCCUGCGUUUCUUAUGUCCUUCCCAACUCCGAGAUCGUCUGUGCAGCCCAACUAAAUGAGGCCUCCACCCCAUGGCGACCGUCAAUAUGGAAUUAGAAUCUGCCCUCCGCAAGUUGGACGAGGAACUCGAGGAGGGCGAUAUCACGAAGAAAGGCUAUGAGAAACGCCGCACCCUCCUCCUGUCGCAGUUCCUGUCCCCGCCGCAGCCAUCCUCCCCCGUCCAGCAGUCUCGAGGUGGAUUGCGCAUCCACUCCCCCGAUGAUAGCGACCAUCCAGCAUCGAACGAUGCUUCUCGAGCCGCCUCGCUCGCCGCUCUUACUGCUAGCAGCACCGCCGUUAAUUCAUCAAGAGAAGGAACAAUUUCCUCAGGCUACCUCGACCCCGGUCGCCAAUCCUCGCUCUUCAAUGAACCUCGGGGCAGCACACCACAGAAUCACGUUAGCAGAUUUCAAGAGAGUAUGGGAGGACAGCCGCGUGGCUCAUUUGCUGGUUCCUAUGAUACUCGCCAGGAUACCUUCCACACCGCCAACGAUAACUCGAGAUCUCAAACCCUCAUGAGCCAGAACUAUGCCUUCAACCCGGAAACCAACCAAAACUAUCCGGCCACAGAUACUCGAAACUCGACCAUGUUGGAAUCACAACAGGGCUACUUCUCCGAUUUCGCCGGCCAGCAAAGAGAAGAUUACCAGGAGACUUAUGGUGGACAUGUGCAUCGCUAUUCUCAAAGUGAGGUGGCUUCGCCAACGGCGCAGAUGGCACCUCCAUUUCUCAAUCCCGUUGAGCUGGCGGGGGGAGCCGCAAUCCACCAGAUGCCCAUGGAGCCCCGUGAGGUGCCUUUCGCCAUAUGUGAUCCCCACGACUCCAACAUUGAAAUGUCCCGGUUCGAAAACAUCGCUGCUGUACUGCGACAUCGCGCCAAGACCAACCCAAAGCAAGCUGCGUACUGGGUCCUAGAUCAACGGGGCAAAGAGCUGGUCUCUAUCACGUGGGAAAAGCUGUGCAGCAGGGCCGAGAAAGUGGCCCAAGUCAUCCGGGACAAGAGCAGUCUCUACAAAGGUGAUCGUGUGGCAUUGAUCUACACCGAGAACGAAAUCAUUGAAUUCGCCGUCGCCUUGUUGGGUUGCUUCAUUGCCGGCGUUGUGGCGGUUCCCAUCAACGAUUUGAAAAAUUAUGCCCGCCUUAAUGUCGUCCUCACCUCCACUCAAGCCCAUUUGGCCCUGACCACCGAAGCAAACCUGAAAAACUUCCAGCGGGACAUCACGGCCGCCAAGCUCAACUGGCCUCGAGGAGUGGAAUGGUGGAAGACCAACGAAUUCGGCAGUUAUCAUCCCAAAAAGAAGGGAGAGGAACCUCCGCUCGUUGUCCCUGAUUUGGCCUAUAUCGAAUUCUCGACCGCCCCCACGGGUGAUCUCCGUGGAGUGGUUAUGAGCCACAAAACCAUCAUGCAUCAAAUGGCGACCUUGAGCGCCAUGAUAACUUCGGCAACUAGCAACACAAGGGCAGACACGUUUAACCCUUCAUUGCGAGACAAGCAAGGCCAUUUGAUCACGGGUUCCCGCCAUGGCGAAAUCUUGCUCAGUUAUUUGGACCCAAGACAGAGUAUCGGCAUGAUCUUGGGUGUCCUGCUGAACAUCUAUGGCGGUCACACAGUUAUUUACAUUGACCAACGCGCAAUCGAAACUGCUGGACUUUACGCCAACUUAAUCACCAGAUAUAAGACGACCUUAUUGGUCGCCGACUAUCCUGGCCUCAAACAGGCCGUGUAUAACUACCAGUCCGAUCCCAUGACGACGAGAAACUUCAAGCGCAAUUUCGAACCCAACUUCAGCAGUGUCAAACUGUGUAUGAUUGACACUCUGACUGUAGAUGCCGAAUUCCACGAACUGCUGGCAGAUCGAUGGCUAAAGCCUCUGCGCAAUCCCAGGGCUCGUGAGAUCGUGGCGCCGAUGCUAUGUCUUCCAGAGCAUGGGGGUAUGGUCAUCAGCAUGCGAGACUGGCUUGGUGGCGAAGAACGCCUUGGUUGCUCGUUGACACACGAGAUGGACCAUGACCGGAUCAUUGAGGAAAAGAAAGAGGACGAUUCUUCAGCCCAAAAAUCAGGCUUUGGCAGCAGUCUUAUUGGUGGAGGAACCGUCAAACCCUCCAAAGAGCGAUCCACUGAAGAUCUAGGCGAAGUACUUUUGGAUAAAGAAGCUCUCAAGACGAAUGAUAUUCUUGUCUUGGCCAUGGGGUCCGAGGCGAGAGCCAAGGCAAGCUCAUUCCCCAACGCCGUCAGAUGUGGUGCCUUUGGGUAUCCAAUUCCUGAUGCAACCCUCGCUGUCGUCGAUCCAGAAUCGGGCCUGCUGUGCACACCCAACUCUGUUGGAGAAAUCUGGGUUGAUUCACCUUCACUUUCAGGCGGCUUUUGGGCGUUGCCCAGACAUACAGAGACCAUCUUCCAUGCUCGCCCGUACUGUUUCAAGGAAGGCGACCCAACACCGACCGCCAUCGAUCCGGAGUUCCUGCGGACCGGCUUGUUAGGAUGUGUCAUUGAGGGCAAAAUCUACGUUCUGGGCCUGUACGAGGACAGGCUGCGGCAACGGGUGGAGUGGGUUGAGCACGGCGUUGCCGUACAAGAACAUCGAUACUUCUUCGUUCAGCAUUUGAUUCUCAGCAUCAUGAAAAAUGUCCCCAAAAUUUACGACUGUUCAGCGUUUGAUUGUUUCGUGAAUGACGAACAUCUUCCCAUUGUCCUCCUCGAAUCUCUUUCAGCAUCGACCGCCCCUGUUUCGUCUGGCGGACCCCCGCGUCAACUAGACAUUGCACUGCUCGACUCUUUGGCCGAACGAACCAUGGAAAUAUUGUAUCAGGAGCAUCAUCUGCGUGUGUACUGCGUCCUCAUCACUGCUCCUCUCAUUCUGCCACGAGUCACCAAAAACGGGCGUCGGGAGAUCGGGAAUAUGCUCUGUCGGAAAGAGUUCGACAGCGGUUCACUGCCAUGCGUCCACGUCAAGUUCGGUGUCCAACGAGCAGUCCAAAAUUUGCCAUUCGGUGAGGAUAUCAGUGGAGGAAUCUGGUCGGCCGACGCCAGUACUGCGAGGGGUGAUCUACUUUACGACCAAGAGACGCAGUGGUCCGGUGUCGAUCCUCGUGAUGUAGUCAUCGAUGAUCGAACUUCCACUUUGCUAAGCAACUUUACCAACAUUUUUGAUUUGAUGCAGUGGAGGGUUGCCCGGCAGGCCGAUGAACUAGCCUUCUGUACCAUUGACGGCAGAGGAAAGGAAGGCAAGGGUCUGACAUGGAAAAAGUUCGACACUCGCGUUGCUGCCGUCGCGGUUCAUCUACGCAACAAGCUCAAAAUCAAGCCGAGUGAUCACGUCAUCCUCAUGUAUACUCAUUCAGAAGACUAUGUGUUUGCAAUCUAUGCAUGCAUGGUAUUAGGAGCGAUCGCUAUUCCUGUGGCUCCACUGGAUGCCAAUCGACUUUCCGAGGAUGCUCCAGCUUUCCUUCAUAUUGUUGCUGAUAUGGGAGUCAAAGUGGUGUUAUGCAAUACCGAAGUGGACCACUUGUUCAAGCAGAAGCCUGUCUCCCAACACUUGAAACAGUCGGCACAGUACCUCAAGACUCACAUUCCUGGUGUCUACAAUACAACAAAGCCUUCCAAGCAAUCACAUGGCUGCAGAGAUCUCGGACUGACCAUGAAUCGGGCAUGGAUCUCUCCAACAAACCCCGUCAUCAUCUGGACAUAUUGGACGGCUGAUCAACGUCGCAUCUCAGUCCAACUAGGACAUGACACGAUUCUCGGCAUGUGCAAAGUACAAAAAGAAACUUGUCAAAUGACAAGCUCAAAGCCUGUGCUGGCCUGUGUCAGGAGCACGAUCGGCAUUGGCUUUCUGCACACUGCUCUACUGGGGGUCUACAACGGCAGCGCAACCUAUCUGAUAUCACCUCUUGAUUUUGCGCAGAAUCCAGCUUCUCUCUUCCUGGCCUUGUCCCGUUACAAGGUCAAGGACACAUAUGCAACGAGCCAAAUGCUGGAAUUUGCCAUGGGUCACGUCCCUGGAAAAGGAUUUUCAUUACACGAGAUGAGGAACUUGAUGAUAGUCACCGAGUCAAGACCUCGUCUAGACUUGUAUGGCAAAGCCCGUGCGCACUUUGCGCAGACGGGCCUGGAGAGGACGGCGAUCAACACCAUUUACACCCACGUUCUCAAUCCAAUGAUCGCCUCUCGCAGUUACAUGUCUAUUGAGCCGAUUGAGCUAUGGCUCGAUGUGCGCGCACUGAGACGUGGGCUGAUAUAUCCAGUCGACCCAGAUACUGACCCAACCGCGCUCUGCAUUCAGGACUCCGGCAUGGUGCCUGUGGCUACUCGCAUUGCCAUUGUGAAUCCAGAAACCUGCCAGCUUUGUCACGUGGGUGAAUACGGAGAAAUCUGGGUACAGUCGGAGGCAUGUGCAAAGACCUUCUACAUGUCCAAACAGCCGUUCGAUGAAGAACGUUUCAACGGCCGGAUUGCUGGAGGGGACCCGAACAUGGUCUAUGUGCGAACCGGAGAUCUUGGCUUCCUUCACAACGUCACAAGACCAAUUGGUCCCGGGAAUCAGCCGGUAGAGAUGCAAAUUCUUUUCGUCCUGGGCAGUAUUGGAGACACGUUUGAGGUCUAUGGUCUCAACCACUUUCCCGUCGACAUUGAAGCUAGCGUGGAGAAAUGCCACCGAAACAUCACUCCCGGUGGAUGCGCCGUCUUCCAAGCUGGCGGUCUUGUUGUUGUGCUUGUGCAGGUACAUCGAAAGGCAUAUUUGGCCUCGAUUGUCCCCGUGAUUGUGAACGCCGUUCUGAACGAGCAUCAGAUCGUGGUGGACAUCGUCGCUUUCGUUGGGGACGGUGAUUUCCCCCGAAGUCGAUUGUCGGAAAAGCAGAGAGGCAAGAUUCUGGCCUCAUGGGUUACAAGAAAAUUGCGGACAAUCGCGCAGUUCGGUAUCCGAGACACAGACGGAGGUGACGGCCAGGACUCGGGAGCGCUAGAACGAAGAUCCACAAACGUCAUGGGCAAAGGUCCAAGCCAAAUGGACCAGCGGCGAACGUCAAUGACGAUGGAAUCCCAACAAAUGUCAAACCAGGGGGAGAGGAUGUCACGCCAAUCUAGCAUCAUGGCCGAGUUGCCUCUGACAUUGCCACCCAACCAUUACCAAGUUGACCCGACUGGGCAGUACGAUGACAAGGAAGUAUCUCAAUUGGGGGGUAACGGAACUCGACCGUCAGUGACACUCAACGAUAAGCCUUAUUCGUUGCCAGAAGGAGUUGUUGAGAUGCCCACCAGCUUCCAGGACCAGGAUGAACCAGGACGAAGUCCAAUAGACAAUCCGUAUUUGACGGACGAGAAAUUCUUCGAUCCAAAUGCCGAUUGGGACCACCAGUUUGGAGAGAGUACGCCACAGGCUUCACAAAUAGAUCUUGUUCCAGGAGGGCCGCCUCGCCUGUCUAUUGUGAACCCUGAUAGCUAUUCAUCAGGAGGUAGCACCGACAACACGCCUACUUCGUACACGGCCACAGCUACGCCAACAUCUGCGGUGCCUCGGUCUGCAACAUCAUCGAAUGGAGUCGUGAACGAUAGCCCAUACGAGGAUCAGGGCAAUCCUUUCCGAAAUUCAAUUCCAGCUGCUGUGCCCAGCUUCGACUUUGUCGCGUCGCCUUCUGCUCGAAACCCAGCUCGAGAACAAAUGGCCGGGGCGUCAGCCGCAUACAAUCAAAUCACAUCUCCCACCGGAGGCCGUGCCUUGCUGCCUAGCCAACAAGCCCGAUACCCAUCGUACAAUUCUCCGGCGCCAGAACCCAGCAAGCCUCGACAAUUCAGUCAGAAUUCAUACGAAGCAACGGAUUUGCCGCCCGAGGCGCUGGCAUACGCGUACGGGCAACGGAGAGCAACGCCGGGGAGCGAGAGAUCACAGGGACAACAACAGCGAGACAGGCAAGGUGGUUUACAACCGGAGGGUCAGCCUAAUGCCGACAUCAACAGUGUGGCAGGCAGUGUACGAAGACGUUAUGAUGGAAGUGGAUAUGACGAAUACGAUUACUAGUUUAUAGUGAUGAGGGCUUGAAAACAUGUAGAAAAGUGAAGGAUGGGUUGGUGAAUGGACAUAUGGGGGGUGUCUGACAUAGCCAUGUCACAAUAAAUAAGGUCGUUUUGGCUGAUCGUCGUCGUCGUUGAUGGAAGACCUGAACUGAAGCAAGCCCUUCGUAAGUUAGAGACUGAAAUGUCACAUCGAGCAAGAUGGCAUUUUCGUGAAAUGCGAGAUGGUCGAUUUCCUCCCAAGCAUCAGAGGACAUGAUAAUGGGAGGAUCUAUAAACGGGACCUUGCGGAUACAUACAC